CCUCCUCCUCCUUUGCAUCAUCAUCACUUGCUUAGCUUUAAACUAACAACAUUUCUUCAUCCCUCGAGUGCUGUUCUUACCUUUGCUAAUUAGCCAUGGCCGGUGCACUGAAGCUGGUGUCGAUGCUGUUGGUGUGCGCCCUGGUGGCAACCCAAAUGACAGCCGACGCAGCCAUAACAUGCGGCCAAGUGGCGAGCAGCCUUGCCCCAUGCGUCCCCUACUUGAAGAACGGCGGCCCCCUCCCUGCGCCAUGCUGCAGCGGCGUGAGGACGCUCAACGGUGUCGCCAGGUCCACUCCUGACCGCCAAGCCGCUUGCCAGUGCCUGAAGACUGCCGCCGGCAGCAUUUCCGGCCUCAAGCCCAACCUCGCCGCUGCCCUCCCCAGUGCCUGUGGUGUCAACAUUCCAUACAAGAUCAGCACCAGCACCAACUGCAAAUCGCGUCAAGUGAGGCCUGAUAACUACGGAAAGGACGGGAAGCGGCGGGUUGUGUUAGGAUUACGGGAUAAAUUAAAUAAAAGGAAUGUGUACUAGAAAUAAAAAUGGUCGGAUGUGGAGCUGCGGGAUAGAGUUGUGACUCUUUUAUCUCUUUGCAUCACCAUCGUGUCCUUUUGUUUAGGGUUCAUCUGUAUUCUGGGUUUUAUGUUGUUAGUGUUUGUUUCAUGGGUGCCUUUGAUCCCGUUGAAUGAGUAUUGCUGUAUUGGAAUUUACUUGUGGCCGCUAUUUGUAUCUAUGGUUCAUCUUUUGUCUUCUACGUAUUUUGACGUGAGUGUACUUGAAACGAAAGUGGUGAAGCAGUCUACCUAACGUACGUAUGCCACUUCAUCUUUCUAUCAAGUAUCAACAUACAUA